GGGGCGGUGGAGGCCCGGGGGUACCGGGGUGUACCGGGGGCACCGGCGGGUAUCGGGGGGCACCGGCGGUCCCGGCGCCCUCACAGCCCCUUGUCCCCCUCAGGAUGGCGGCGUGGGCCCUGCUGGCGCUGCUGGCUCUGGCUCCGGCGGCGGCAGGGGGAAGGCUCGGCUUUGCCUCCUACUAUGGUGACCACAUGGUGCUGCAGAAGAAGCCGUCAGGGGCUGUGGUGUGGGGCCACGGGGAGCUGGGGGCCGUGGUCACCGUGAUUCUCUCAGGGGCUGGUGGCCUCAUCAUCAUGGAGAAAACAGCACAGGUUAAAGGACCUUCUGGGACAUGGACAACUGUCCUGGACCCAGUGGAUCAGGGUGGUCCCUAUGCACUGACAGCUGAGCAGGGCUUGGAGAACGUGACCCUGCGGGACAUCUACUUUGGAGAUGUGUGGCUUUGCAGCGGGCAGAGCAACAUAGCAAUGACGGUCCUGCAGGUGGCCAAUGCCAGCCAGGAGCUCGCCAUGGCAUCUCGCUAUCCCUACGUCCGUAUCUUUGCUGCGGCGCCUGCCCGCUCCGACGUUGAGCUGGAGGACCUGGAGCGGAUCGACCUGCCCUGGUCCAUUCCAACGGCUGAAAACCUGGGCCACGGGAAUUUCACCUACUUCUCAGCCGUGUGCUGGCUGUUGGGGCGCUCCUUGUAUGAGGCUCUGGGUUCCCCCAUCGGGCUGGUGGAGGUGGCCUGGGGGGGGACCCCCAUCGAGGCCUGGUCCUCCCGCCGGGUUCUGCAGGCGUGUGGGCUCCCGGAGGACACGGGGAGCACCUCCCCACAUCAGCAUCUCUCUGGCCCACAAACGCCCUCCGUGCUCUGGAACGCCAUGAUCCACCCGCUGCUCAACAUGACCCUGCGGGGUGUUGCUUGGUACCAGGGUGAGGACAACACCCUCCUGCACACAGACCAGUACAACUGUACCUUCCCUGCACUCAUCGCCGACUGGCGCCGGGCGUUCCAUGCUGGAUCAGCCGGACAGACGGAGCAGCUUCUGCCCUUUGGCUUUGUGCAGCUGUCCACCUACCGCCGUCGGAGUGCGGACGACAGCUUUGCCCGGCUCCGCUGGCACCAGACAGCCGACCUGGGGGUUGUUCCCAAUGCCAAGAUGCCCAGCACUUUCAUGGCCGUUGCCAUGGAUCUGGGCGAUGAGCACUCUCCCUAUGGCAGUAUCCACCCCCGGGACAAGCAGAAUGUGGCGCACCGGCUGCUGCUGGGUGCCAGGGCUGUGGCGUACGGGGACAAGGACCUCGUGUUCCAGGGACCGUAUCCCACCCGGGCUAUCCUGGAGGUGACCAGGGGGCUGCUGAAUGUCACCUACAGCCAGGAGCUCAUCUGCCGUCAGAGGGAUGCACAGGCAUUUGAGGUGUGCUGCUCCAGCCAGGCAUCCCCGUGCCAGUGGCUGCCGGCACCGGUGGUGGCCGUGGGGUCCCGCACGGUGACGCUGGCCCUGAGUGGCUGCAGGACGCUGGUGCUGGGCCUGCGCUAUGCCUGGGCCGAGUGGCCCUGUGAGUACCAGGCCUGCCCCCUCUACAACCCCCAGGGGCUGCCUGCACCCCCCUUCCUGCUGGACACCCUCCCUGCAGGGAAUGCUGCCGGAGGGAGGGAGCUGCUGCUCCUCCCCGCCUCCAGGUUCCCCCUAAAUUAGGGAGUUGAGUGAGCUCAGGCCUCUGGCAAAGCACUCAAGGCUCCUGGCACUGCCCCUUCCCAAGCCAGGAAGAGGCUUGGUUACUACCUUAUUAAUUAAACAACUUUUCAGCUCCUCUUUGGACUCCAGCCAAGGCUACAGAGUCGAGGGAGGGGGAAAAAGCCAAUUUACAAUUAAAUAUAUGAAAAAUGAUGUAAGGACAAAUUAAAUAUAUGGAAAAUGAUGUAAGCAGCAAGACACACCGGUGGGAGCUGAGCCCCUCACUGCUGCUCCCUUGCCCAUGGAGCUGGUCCUGGCCCCCCAGGCACCCCAUUUCUCUGGGCACGGACUGCUGAUCCCCAGGGUAGGGUGCUCACAGGAUCCAGGGAUCAGCUUCCAGCUGCAGGGUGGAGACAGGGAGAGAGGAGCUCUGCCAAAAACCCACAGCUAAACACUAAGGCUGGGCUGCGACUGCCUUCCACCACCCUCUCUUUAUAAACAGUUAAUAAACCACCUCA